CGGCUCGGGCUGCCGUUCAUGCACGGCGCGUGGGGCACGAUCUCCAUGCUCGCGUUCGGGACGAUCGACAACCCGGUCGCGCGGUGGUACAACUGCGUCGUCGCCACGAUCGCGUCGUGCGCCGUCGUCGCCGCGUGCUUCCAUUGUUUCGGCGCGGCGUGGUGGAGCCGCGCGCUCGCGGUGUCGAUAUCGCUCGCGUUCAUGAUGUGGACCGGGAGCGUGCACCCGCCGGGCGCGGCGGCGGUCAUGGCGUGCAUGGACAUCUCGGGGUUUCAGUCGUUGGGGCUGUGGUACGUCGCGUACCCGACGCUGUUCGGGUCUCUGUUCAUC